AUGUUUAGAAAAUCCAAGCUGAUGGAUGGGACCGCAGCUGGCCAAGUGGGGUUCAAGAAGAAAUCUCGAGUCCCUGGCGUGAUGAUUACACAGUUCAUUGAGACACUGCCAGAAGGAAAGAACCAUCCAGACUUCACCCGCAAGCCAAUUGCUCUGACCAUCCAAGAGGGAAAAUUUGCCUUUUUCAAAGCCAUCGUCACCGGAGACCCGGAUCCAACUGUAACAUGGGGCCGCAAUAACGGAGAUGUGUCUGAUACUUCAAGAUACCAAACCAAACACGAUACCGUUUCCAAUGAGCAUACAUUUGAGAUGCCAAAUGUCAUGCCGGAUCAAGCGGACACCUACAAAUGCUUUGCAAAAAAUGAAUAUGGACAAGCCAUAGUCACGGUCGUUCUGAAUGUUAUUGAAGUUGGUUUCAAAAAGAACAAGAACCCGCAACAGACAGCAGAAGUUACUGAAGAAAACUUUAAGAAUGUGCUAAAAAGGAAAAGUAAGGUCCGUCCUAAGUCUGAGCGACCCGUGAAAAAAGACGGGGAGAUUGAUCCGGAGGUUUGGGAACUCUUACUCAGCGCUGAUAAGAAAGAGUACGAGAGAAUCUGUGCAGAGCAUGGAAUCACUGAUUUCCGACGUAUGCUCACGAAACUGAAUGAAAUGAAGAAGGAGCGGGAGGAGGAACAAGCUCAGUUCAUCAAGGAACUGAGUAACCUGAGGCCUAUUCAAGUCAAUGCAGAUGGUUCCGCCACCUUUGAGGUCGACAUGGAUCUUAUUGACCCAAGCAGCCACAUCUUCCUUUACAAGGAUGGUGUCAUGGUUCCUUAUACAAAGGAGUUGGGAGACAAGAUAAAGCACAGCCUCAAGAUAGUGGGGAGAAAGUAUACUUUCAGUAUGAGGGACCUUAUGCCAGAUGAUGCUGGACUGUACCAGUUGGAUGUAGAGGAUGUGAAUAUGUUCACUACUGAAUUUAAGGUCCCCACGGUGGAGUUCCUGGUGAAACUGCAGGAGGUGAAGGCAAAGGAGAGAGAAGAUGCCGUGUUCGAGUGUGUCCUGUCAAAUCCCUUCUCCAAGAUUCUGUGGUUCGGCAAGAAUCUGCCACUGGAACAAGGGGAGAAGCACGAUAUCGAGGUUUCAGAGGACAAACUCAUUCACAGACUGGUGGUCAAAGACUGCAUGGUGGUGGACAAAGGAAUUUACUCAGCCUGCGCAGGAAUAAAAUCCUGUAACGCAUGGCUUGUUGUUGAAGCUGACAAAGAAGCUCCAAAGGGGAAAAAAGCAGCAAGGAAAACAACGAGGGCGGGAGGAGCUGGAGUCGACCUGCAGAAAGUGGCCCAAGAACAACAAGUUAAACUCGUGAAAGAAAGAGAAGAGAGAAAGGAACAGAUUCAAGUUGCUAAAGAAGCUGCCGCUGCUGCGCCCCCCCCUGAAGCCCCUCCAGCUCCUGCAGCUGUACCUCAGGCACAAAAAGAUCCCGGACCAGUGAGCGAGCCGGCAGCGGCUACACCAGCUGUGGAGGAAGUGAUCCCAGAGCCCGUUAUCACCAGUGGCCUCUCGGAUAACUACGCUCUUCGUGGAAAGACAGCGAAAUUACCAGUGAAGAUGAACCUGGAGCGUGAUGGUUCCUGGUUCAAAGAUGGAGAGCAGUUAAACUCAGGUGCUGGGGUCACCAUAACCAAAGAGGGAACCUCUCACAUGCUGACGAUUAAAUGCUGCACAGAUGUCGACUCCGGACUUUAUCGCUUUGUGUCAGGGGAGCAGAGUACACAGGGAAAGGUUACUGUAGGAGAUGUACCGGAGUUUGACCCGGACGACCUUCACAAGUUCGCCAAACCUGUGAUAGUAAGAGUGGGGCAGAAUGCUGCUUUCAAGAUGCCCUACACUCCUCAGGAAUCUCUGACGGUCAGUUGGUUCAAGGAUGGCACCGAGAUCAAAGAUGGAGGAGGAGUUAAGAUCGUGAAGGAGCCCAAUCACAGCCGCCUGCUGCUCAGAGACUGCCUGCGGACAGAUGCAGGCGAAAUAAAAAUACAGCUCAAAAACCCAUUUGGUGUUGUGGAGGCCAAAUCUCAGCUUAUCGUGAUUGAUCGCCCAGGCCCACCUGAGGGUCCAGUUGAGACCAUGGAAACCACCUCGUCUGUGAUCGAGAUCGGAUGGAACCCGCCAAAGGAUGACGGCGGCUCGGCUGUCACCAACUAUAUCAUAGAACGACAGCAGACAGGACAGAGUCUGUGGAUGAAACUUGGCGAUGUUUCAGCUGACAGGACGUCCUUCAGAGACAGGAACGUGACUCAUGGAAAGAAAUACAACUACCGCAUCUACGCAGAGAACCCCGAGGGCCUCAGUGAUGCCCUGGAGACAGCUGACAGCAUUAUGGCUGGCAUAAUGAUACUCGCUGGUCCACCAGGUGCUCCCAACGUGGUAAGUGCCUCUAAGACGUGUAUAAACUUGACGUGGACCCCCCCAGAGGACGACAGAGGAGUACCGAUCAUCGGUUAUCAAGUAGAGAAGCGAAAGAAAGACACGAAUGAGUGGAUGGCCCUGAAUGCACUCAACGAACCUAUUGAAGAUGCUAAGUUUGCUGUUAAAGAUGUUACGGAGGGUGCGGAGUACGAGUUCAGGGUUGCGGCAAUCAACGAGUCAGGAUCUGGAGAUCUAAGCCCUCCUUCUGCCAUGGUGUGUGCAAAGAAUCCCAACAUGAGACCUUGCUUCAAAGAUCCAGAGGACUUCAUUGUCGUCAGAGCCGGAAAUUCUGCCCGGAUCAAAAUCUGCUAUGAGGCCGAGCCUCCGCCUGAGAUCACUUGGCUGAAGGAGGAUGAGCCAUUAUCCCAGUGGAUCAAUAUCAUUAAUACCGAGGGAAUGUCUCAGCUUGUUAUUCCCUCAUCGAAGCGGUCGGAUUCGGCCAUCUACACUAUUACAGCCAAAAACUCUGUGGGCGAGGCUUCGUUUGACGUUGAGGUUAGAGUCGCAGAUGAACCCAAGACUCCAGGGCCGGUGGAGUUGGAGCAGACGGUGGACGGUAAAGUGGUGAUCUCGUGGGCGCCCUCUCCUGACGAGGAGCUCGACAACCGCCUGUACUAUUCGGUAUCUCGACAUGACUCCAACAGCAGAGUGUGGAGGACUGUGGCAGACCGCCUCAGCGCUCACACAUACACAGCCAACAACAUCCUUCCCGGGAUAGAGUAUCACUUUCAGAUCUAUGCCAAGAACGACGUGGGCCUCUCAGAUCCGUCUCAUUCGCCAACAUGGGGCGCCAACAGCAACAGAGUUCAUGCAAGUUCGAAAGGAGUUAAUUCUACAGACUUUUCCCUUGAGAGGCCCCCAUCCAUCCUGGUCCCUCUCAAAGUCCACGCUCCACCUAAAGGUUAUCAGCUGUACAUGACGUGCGCUGUCCGGGGAACUCCGACACCCUCGGUAUCCUGGUUCCUGAACGACGUGUGCAUCAACUCAGACAACAACUACUACCUCACCAACUCAUUUGGAGUUUGCUCCAUGUAUAUUCUCCGAGUUCGGACGAUGGACAGCGGUGAAUAUAAGGUGGUUGCGGUCAACUCUCUUGGAAAAGCAGAGUGUUCCACUAAACUUGUUGUUAGAGAAUAA